CUCGGAAUCCAAGACUACAGAGAUUCAAAGACUUCUUUUUUUGAAGGCCGCCUUGCGAUAUACUUCAUUCCUCCCUCUAGUCAUCAUGCGUCAUGAGCAACAGAAGGCUCUCCCCUCAUCUAGCCAACCCAGCAACACAAGACGGGAGGAUGCUACGGGCAUACUCGAUCCAUCGUCAAACGAACUGAGAGAUUUCAUAGUCGAGUAUCCAAUUACUGGGAAACGAAGAGUUGUCGAAUAUGAAGAGGUCAUCAUCCCAGCUUCUGAGACCCAUGCUCCUCCCGAUGAAGACGAGCCAGGUCAUGUAGUCCGGGCUGCAGAUCCAACACUCCUGUCCGCUUGGCAACAACCCGCCACCGUCCUCCGAGGAUACCUGCAAAUGUACCGCCAGACGGUGUGGGUGAGAGCACCCCAGUAUAAAGAACGGAAUUCUGUUGCCCAGGGUAAUUUCUACCACACGGGUCAUGUAGUGCGGACAAUUGAGCCCGCGCUGGCACGCUCCAUAUUGGACAGGUUUGUAGCUAGGUAUCCCAUGACAGGGAAGAGCUGUUCUUUCCUCUACCGUCUCCCCACCGAGCUCCGCCUUCAGAUCUACAGCCACCUGUCGGAACAGAACCAUGUGAUUUACUUGCUGGAUCCGAAAAGUCAUGGGGCUCUCCACGCACUAUACAAUACGUGCCAUAAGACGAGAGCAGAAAUCAGAGACUGGUACGCGCAUGCUAGAUCCUGGGUCAUGCGCUACCAUUGCCACGGUCUGGAGUUCCGAGGAGGGUUCAACCCGCGACUUACGACCUUCUACCUCGACUUCAGUGAAGUGAUCGGACGCGAGGACAGAGACCAGCCUUUGUUUUACUUGGAGUGGUUACUCGGCAUAGGGCGCGUAGCGGGAAUCCAAAAUUUCUGCCUGGACAGGAUAAACCGCAAGAACGUCCGGCAUCUCAUCAUCGACUUGCGAGUCUCACGAGAGACUCUGAUCAAUCCGCGACUGCUGUGCAUAUCUGAGCUCUUCCGAGGCCAUCUUACCGGAUUCAGUUAUGUCGAGGGCCUCGAGAGCGUGGUAUUGGUGUUCAGCCCUGACCAGGUAGCCGAUUACUCGAUCAACGAUUGGUUUUAUUAUGAACUCUGGAUGACGUUCUGGACAGAAUCGUCUUGGUGCGCACCGGGUCGUUGCUGUAAUUGCUGUGUUCUACCUGAGCUGCGCGUGUGUGUCUCAAGCCAGAGUAAAGAGGAUAUAGCUAUGUCAGAGGCAAAUGGAGUUCCACUCUCCGCCCCGCUCCCCCCUGAUAGAGAGGACACCGAGAUGGCUGGGUUUUGGUAUUCCUAUCCGUUCCUGGUCCCUCCGGCCUCUUGGGAGUUUUACGCCUCGCAUCCAAUGCAUCAAAUAGAUGAAUGGACAGGUCAGCGUCGAUCUCACUUCGACUUGGCUUGAGGUCUCUAGUCGGGAUGUGGUACCUUUAGAGCC